AUGACCCACGGCAAACACAGCAUGUUAGAAAGAGAGUUUCCUGCAAAAGACUUCGUCGGCACUAUUGUCCGACUCAUGGACACUAUCCAACAUAAUGACGACAACUACACACAUACAGAACGUAUAUGGCAUCUUCACUAUGCCUAUACACAGGCUGCAGCUCAUUUUGCUCAGCCAUCCGUACGGUAUACCCUGAAUGUGAAGCCAAGUGAAGUCCAGGCCGCACUGGAGACAAUUACUGGCAUGGUAGUUUAUUGCUGGGUCAAAGCAUCGCCUGACCUCAUGGCUGCAUUGACCAUCCACUUCACCUAUACCCUCAUCCUGGACGAUAGUAAAGAUAACCCUUUCCUUAACAUGGGUUCUUUCUUUAAUGAUAUGGUCGAGGGGAAGCCACAGCAGCAUCCGUGGUGGAGGUUGGUGAACAGACAAUUCCCCAAUGUUUUAGAUCGCUAUGGGCCGUUUUGCUCCUUGAACAUUUACCGGAGCACAGUUGAUUGUUCGUAUUCCGUUCUUGACGCAUUGAGGAGUAUCUCUGAACUGACUUUUCUUUUGGCAGUCUUCGAAGGUUGUUGGAUUGAACAGUAUCACUUCCAUGGCUACCGCGGAGCAGAAGACUUUCCCGAGUUCUCACGAAGAAUGAACGGCCUCGGGCAUGCCGUCGGGGCCUCUAUCUGGCCAGCUGAGAUGCUCGAUGAGCGAAUACAUUUCCGUGAAAUUACAACCGCCAUUUGCAUGAUGGAAAACUGGAUGGUUUGGGUCAACGAUUUAAUCUCUUUCUAUAAGGAAUUUUACGACGAGCGGGACCAAACCAGCCUCAUCAACAAUUACUCCCACGUGAAUGGAAUCAGCACCACCGAGGCACUCGAGAAGCUUAUUCAGAACACGCUCCGGGAGAGCGAGCAGAUUAUGUCUGUUUUCAAGGAUAAAGAUCCUUUGAUCUUAGAUACUUUGACUCGGUUCAUACAUGGCUAUGUUACCUGGCAUUUAUGUGAUCGCCGCUAUCGCGUAAAUGAGAUUUAUGAACAGGUUGAUAGGGGCGAUGAGAUCGGGCUGAAAUUUUGUCGGUAUUUCGAAAGAGCUAACGAAGUCGGCCGGGUAGACUCACGCGAGUGGGCUUUUCCAUCUGUUACCCAAUUGUCGAGCUCCAGAGGCAUACCAGAGACAAUACAAAAGGAUUGUGGUGAACAGCAUUGCAUUAUCAAUCCUCCUCUGAUAGAGCUCUGA